AUGGCUAGCUGGUAUCACUACUAUGAUACUGACUACUAUGUUCUGGAAGAAUAUGAGAGGGAAAUAAACCCUGAAUCUGAGCAAAGUGCAGCAGCGGCAGCAGAAGGUGGCCACAGUGAAGGAGCUGUAGGCCUCAUGGACGACGUGAAGCCUGAGGGCCACCUGAAUCAACUGGAUGUCAUGAACCAAGAGGGUGAAGUGAACCAGGAAGGAGAUGUGAACCAGGAAAACAACAGUGACCAUGAAGAUGAUGACGAUGACCAGGAUCCCCAGCAGGAGGACCUUGAGGAGUCAGUGGCUCCUCCAUCCCGUCCCAGCAGGCGGCCACGAAUCCCGUUUCAGUUCACGCCAUGGCAGUUGGAUGAACUGGAAAGUGUUUUUGAGGAAACUCAGUACCCUGAUCUGCUCACAAG